UAUUCUUCAAUAAUUUCAGGUAUGUGAACAUUGUGUUGCAUUCUAAGAAAAGUCUAAAAAUAGGCCUCAGUGUUGAUAUGAAGGAAUUUUUCCAUAUUUAUUUUUCACAGGUCUUUUACCCAUAUUUUAUUUUGAAUUAUGCAUUGCUUCGUGUUGUGUUUAAGAGUUAAAACACACAACACAAUGCAGAAUUGCACCGUUUACUGGCAGAUUUUAUCAGUACUAUUCCUGUUUUUCUCUGUGUGUGGUGUCCUUAUUGUGAACCAUAAAACACUGCAGCAUAAGAAAAUAAGCAAUGUGGACAGAAGUAUUAUCAAUAACAUAUAUUGCCAUUAUUUGGGGUCUAAUUUAAAAAAAAAUGGCUGGUCAUGAAUGUAAAUUUCAUCAUUCUGUCUCAUAUUACGCAUUAAAUGUAAAAAGUUAACAAAUGAUUAAGUCUUGUCUAAAUCCCCGCAAGAUACAUUUUUAAAUGGGCAAUCUCUUGGGUAUCCUUGAUGCUGCAAAUCAGGACCCCACCAGGAAGUAAGACGUUUUCAAGCUAGGAAGAAAGAGAGUAGUAUUGAUGCGGGAUGCUUUGUGUUUGAAACAACGUUUUAAUACAUGUCCAGCAGAGUGAGUCUGUGGUCUGAUGCACUACACUCCAUCUAAAAAGUUUUUUAAUCAGAACUGAUGAAACGGGACAUCUAAACAAGCAUUGCCCUGACACUUAACCUAAAAUCUCACUUGUGCCAGAGCUAUAAAUAAGAGAAAAGUUUUCAAGUGUCAUCUACAUGUAUAGCUAGCUGAGCAAUAACGCUCUUGUAUUGACCAUGCCAUCGGUAGUGGAUUAUUUUUCAUUUUUCGGCUAGAUAUAUCCAAGGGAUAGAAAAAAGUACGGUAUUUUACAAGACGAGAAGGAGAGCAAAUGAAACAGUCCAGUGAUUGGACCUUCUGAUGACUGGGUACACGACGGGCUUAAAGGGCCUGGGGUUAAAAAGGGAUUGGGAUUUCUUCUGAUAAAUGUGCAAAGUGGAUCUAUGUUACAGACUCAUUUAUAAAAUACGCACAGCAUUCAUGCAUUUAAAGCGAAAUAACUCAACUCAGGGAUUAAAAAACAUACAACAAAAUGAUCGUUAAUAACCAGGAAGAGACCAAGUGGAGCCUUUAACAUAAUAAAGAUGCAAUGCUUUAUCUUCUUAACACGAUUUAGCAUUAGUUUUUAAUAUAGCGGACGCUUUUUCCUCAAAGAGGUAGGAAGGCUUUCUCACGCUAACGCGCCGCAUCCGCGGAUUUUGGCCCACGCCGAAAACUAUUAAUAAUGAACGGAUUCGCGAUGGUUUUCAGCGUGCGAGUUUGUUAAGUUCGCACGAGGGUUAAACCCUGCCCCGCAGCCGCAGCUUCCCCGUUUAAAGCUCGCGCAUCGCGGUAUCUGCAAUAUUAUGUCAUCAUAAGGGCUCUCGCGCGGGCUGGCUCUGCCACAGUGCAAGUUUCGCGUUUAUUUUAAUCGGCCGCUUAUUCGUUCGGAGGCUGCCCGGUGAAGCCGUCUUUCCUCAAACAGUCUUUCAGAGCAGCGCGAAUGCGGCAUGCCGUGGUCUGGGCGCCGCUGACAGUCACUUCCUCGUCCUGCGGAGAGGAGAAAGCCGUGACGUCGGUGCACCGGUCCGCAAGGCGGCUGUACCGCCGCAGAGAGAGACGACCCACGCCGGCGCGCGAACACAGACGUCUCGCGCGUGCCGGGAUGCUUUGCCGCGGACCGCGUCGAUAGGCUGGCGGUUACUAAGCGACGCUCGACCGGGAGAACGGCCGCUAGCAGCUGCCCCGCCGUCGGCGCACCGGCGACCAUGUCCUUCGCGAAGAGCGACGAGGAGCAGCGAUGGGUGCCGACGCACGUGCAGGUAACUGUGCUACGGGCCCGGGGGCUGCGCGCGAAGGGUAAGCACGGCACCAGCGACGUUUAUACCAUCAUCCAGCUGGCCAAAGAGAAAUACUCCACCUGCGUGAUGGAGAAGACCACGGACCCGGAAUGGGGCGAGGAGUGCUCGUUCGAGCUGCUACCGGGGGUCCUGGAGGAGGGAGGGCGAGACGCGUACCCGCCCGGUGCCGGCGACCUGACCCUCACCGUGAUGCACCGAGCUCUCAUAGGACUGGAUGUGUUUCUGGGCCAGGCUGUCAUACCUCUGGAUGAAGCGUUUCAGCAACGGAAAUACAUGAAAAACGAGUGGUACCGGCUGCAUUCGAAAACUGGCAAAAAGGAGAAAGAACGAGGGGAGCUUCAGCUGACCGUGCAGUUCACUCGGCACAACCUGACGGCCAGCAUGUACGACCUAUCCAUGAAAGACAAACCUCGUUCUGCUUUCGACAAGCUCAGAGAACGCAUGAGAGCUAAGAAGCGCUCCACUGAAGAAGAUUCCUCUUCCGCCAUCGUCCCUGGGGGAUACGGAGCACUGGCACGCAUGCGGGGGCGGCUGCCGAGCGAUGGGGGCGGAGAGGAAGACUACGAGGAUGAUGAAGGCGGGGAGGCCCGCAGGAGUAAGAUGAGAAGUUUUUUCCUGCGUGGGAGGUUGAGGAAGUCUUCAGACACGCGUUCGAGCACGUCACUGGGCUCGGAGAGCAGCGAGUCUUCAUCGCGAGGCGGCAGCCUCAGCCCGACGGCAGGUAUCAGUGUGGUGGUCUCAGAUCUGUCCAACUCUCCGAGUAACAGCAGCAACCUCACUGCAGACAACAGUCCAGAACACACAGUGGCUCCCUCACCACAGGUGUCUCCUGUCAGACAUGUCAUGUACGACAUCAGCUUACCAGUGCCUCAUUCUGUGACGUCAGAGAACGACACCCCUAUUCUGCUUCCGUCAGUGUGGGUGAACGGGAAUCCAGUGGAAACAUCUCCUCUCACUCACCAUCCGCCGUCACUCGUACUACAGCAACCUCAACCAGUAACUCAGUCAGGUCAACCACAGGCAACCACGCUGCCAGCCAAGCCCCAGAAAACCCAGUCAGCUCAGCCGAAAUCCCAAGAGACACCGCUAUCCAAGUCCCAGUCAAAGCCAAGGCCCGAUCCCCUGCUUCCAGCCCUGGGGGUGCUUCAGAAGGGCUCUCUCUCCCUCUCCCUGCAGAACCUCUCCCGCCGCGGAGAAGACAAGCAGAGCGGCGGCCCCGUGGAUGGCCGUCGCUGGUCCUUCGAUAAACCCGGAGAGGAAGAAAAAGCCGCCAUUGUAGCAGCGUUAGAGCAAGCUGGAAGAGUUACAGAUGAGGUGGAGAUGGAAACAGUGAUACCUGCUGGAGAGACAGAGACUCAGAGCAAGAAAAGGAGGGGCCUGUUCUCACAUGGGAAAGGUGAUUCGGCUGGGAAAGGACCAAUCAUGAGCAAAGAGGAAGCAGAACGUGCUCAACCACUUGUAGAAGUCAAACAUAAAGGAUGGUUCAGCUCCAAGGACUCGCACAGUAAACCCAGCCCACUGGUGUCUCCUCAGUCAGACUCCUGUACAAUCUGUCCCAUUAUACCCUUGACCAUUAAUGACCCUUCACAGAGUAUGGCUGACAAAAAUGCUAAUCCCUUCACUUCUCCCCCACCUUUUUUUGACGUCAAUUUGCUCCUCCCACAAACACAGCUGAAUCCCUUCAUUCAAGAGCUUCAUUCUGUUGCUCCUGUAACUCCUGAUGUGCCCUGUCUCUUCAGCUCAGACCUCUCGCAAUCUGAUGGUAAUGCCACCCCAGAUUUGCUGAGGGCUGGAAACCAAAAAGAACCUGCCCCAAUGGAUAUCUUAUUUGAUCCUUUAAAUUCUAACUUCGAGGGGCUGACAAAAAAUGAUGACUUUGAACAUUUUGCUAAGGACAGAUUGAAAUCAGAGGAGGUGAAUGAAACAAUGAAUUUGGAAACACCAACUGCUGUCUUCAUGAAAACGAAUAAUCAAGAGCGUUUGUGUGAAUUGGGUGGUUUAAUGGUGUCAGAUACAAAUUACCCAACUGAUUUAGGACAAACUGUUUCAGCAAGUACUGCAGAGACAUCUAAGGAAACUGCUGCGGACACACCUCAGGUUUCAGGAAGUGAUGUUAAUUAUAUUCACUCUAGUUCUAACAAGCCUGACCUCACUGCUCAUGUGGCACAUGUCUUCUCAGAGGUUGAUUUCAAUUCAUCUGAAAUUUCCUUGCCUGAAAAUUCCAGUGUAGAGUUUUCUGAUCUGAAUACACUUGCAUGCCCUUAUCUUGCGAUGUCAUUUCACUCUAAGAAUAAAGACGGCACUCAUGACACAACUCUUGAAGACCACCCAACAAUCAAACAAAAUACCAAAUGUGAUGACACGCAGUCAUCAGCAUCAAAACCGAACACUAUUGAACUUCCUUCUAGUAUCUCUUUUGAGUUCUCAAAGGGGAUGUCUGUGAGUCCUGAAACAUCACAGCCUGAAAUGCUAAAGUUUGCUAAAGACAUUGAGUCUGUGACUGUCUUUGAAGAUCCUGUGCCACUCUGUGGAGACAUCAGCUCAGGUGACUCCCUGGAACAGUCAACAGUGAUAUCUGAUUCCUUAGGUGGAGUACUAGACCACCAGUCUAUUGAGCACCGUCUUUCUCCACAGUCUGACAUCAUUCAAAGUAAUAGAAUACAAUCCGAAGAAGAAUUUUGGGGAUCAAAUGCCUCACUCAUUCAAAGUAUGGCAGUAAGUGGAAAGUCCCUAGUUGAAGCCACUGAGUCUUCACUAUUCAAUGUUCAAUCAGGACAGAGUUUGCUUGUAUCAUCUGCUCUGCCAGUGAAGAAUGGAGAGAAAACGGAUGCAGUUAUGGACACCUUGUUACAGAAUGAAUCAGGAAAUGGUAUCUUAGAGGAUGUCAGUAGUAAAGAUAUCUGUUCUGAAAUUGGAGACUUUGUUUCUGAGAACCUAAUUGAUGGACCUUCAUUUCCAGUACUCUCAAAAUCAAUGUCUAAUGACAUGCACGAGGACAAACAAGAGAAAGUCAGUGAAUUGCCAACUAGUCCAUUUAAGAAAGAUAACCUUGUAAGUCAGCUCAGCACCAUCAGUGAAGAGGAAGAAAUAAUGCCUUCUAAUGGACAGACACUUCCUGUAGGACAUCUCCAUCUCUCCACUGGAAUUAGAUCAGGGACAGAGGAGGAUGCAUUAGAUCUAAACUCAGUGCUCUCACCUGGUAGCGUGGUUCUCCACAGCAUGUACGACAGUGCAGAUUCAGACCAGUAUCUUACUUGUGUAUCUCAACAGGAUUUCCCAGUUUCCUCUAGCUUAGAGCUCACACAGGAAGUGAAACCAAGACAUGGUCUUUCUGAGGAAGACGCUUCAGAAUCUGAAUCUUUGCCAAACCAUAUCCCUAAUGUUGCGCUACAAGAUUACAUGUCUGCAAAAGGCAUACCAGAAAAAGGCUGUAAGCAAUAUGAGGUCAUGGCAGAAAACUUAAAUCUCUCUCCAGAAGCCUUACCAAAAGAAGAAUCUCCUGUAGAUGUUCUACCAAAUAACUCCUUAUUGGACCUCCUGUCAGCAACGCAUACCUUAUCUCUCAAAUCAGCUCCCUCGUUCAAUACUUCAUCAGAGAACAUGAUAAUGUCAGAUUUUGAUGAAGCAGUGCUGCAGUGCAGCCCUUCAGUGGACACUGUUGAGAACUUUUCCAAAGAUAUGUCGCCAAUUGUUGUUACCUCAGAAAUGAUAGCUGAACUUGAGGCUCAGCUUGCACCAUUAGAUUCAGACACAGGUCUGGUAGAUGAGAGCCCAAAAGUUGCAUCCUUUAAUAUAGAACCUUUUGGGAUUGUAUCAGAGGACAACUUACAUUCAGUUCAGUUGACUGAUUCUGAUGCAUUUGUAUCCAAAUGUUCUUCAGAACAAACCUCCAGUAUCACUCAGGACCUUGACCUAAAAAACAUCUUUUUACCCCAGACAACUGAAAUGAACCUUCGUAGUACUAACAAAAGUCUGGAUGCAAACUCUAAAUCAGCAGACACUCACAAUGACCCAGAACCAAAUCUUAAACAAAUAGAGAGUCUAGACGUAAAUACUGAUUUCUGGACAACUCCAGCUGUUCAACAUUCUGUGACACCUGACGUUUUUCCAGUGAACUGGCCCACUUUUUCUCAGCCAUCAGCCCCUUCACCCUACGACCAGCCAACGCUGGCUUCAAGGCAUGAUCGUAGCUUUAACUUUACAUCGUCUUUGUUCGACCUUUCACCUGUAGCUUCCUCAACACCACAUGUAGCAGUAGACACUAAUGCGCUGUCCCAGCUAUUCCCCUUCCCUACAAUUCCCCGUUCCUCAGAGGUGCCACGUCCAGGAUCUGCUGCUCCUACUAUGCAGGCUAUGAAUUCUACAGCAUACAAUCCUUUUCUCCAGGAUAAAACACAGACAUCUGAUCAUCAAAGCAGUCCACACCCAGUGAAGCCAUUGACACCUCCUGAUGAGAAAAGGUCAGAGGGUCGCUCAGUACUAGAGAAGCUUAAAUCCACCAUUCACUCAGGACGAACAGGCCAGGAUGCUGACAAGAAGCAGCUAGUGGAGGGAGGAGGCACGUACUAUCACCUGAACCACAGCGAGCUGGUGAGUUUGCUGAUCCAGCGGGAUACUGAGCUCAGGCAGGAGCGGAAGGAGUACGAGAGGCGAGGGGCACUGCUGGAGAAGCGCGAGAUGGAGCUAAAGAAGAUGAAGGUCGUGAUCAGAGAUCUAGAGGAUUACAUCGACACGCUUCUUGUACGCAUCAUGGAGCAGACCCCCACGCUGCUGCAGGUCCGCACCAAGAUGAAAUGAUACAACUAACGCCUCCACUAUCCCUCCACGAAUCCGGGGCGGACGUCACAACCCUGCACUGCUACAGCAACCAUAUAAAUGUAGAGAGCUAUCUGGCGCUAGGUGAUGGGCAUAGAGGAGAUGGUGUAGAUUUGGUGUUUUUAACGGUGACCAAAAGUACCUGGGCCUCUGCUGGGGUCCGUAUGCACUGCAGGUUUGCGUUUGAUGGUUAAAGGUCGGCACUCUGCUGCUAAACUUCAAAGCUGGUAGGAUCCAUUUUGACAUGUGUCAGCUGAUAUUCACUCACUAGACACGUCACUAAGACACACGCCAGUCCAGCUAUGUACCAAAACCACCUGUCAAUCGAAAGGAAGGCAUGACCGUGACGUGCCAGUCUUCUAGUUGCUAGUGUGAAUGGUUUUUAAUGCACGGUGAAAAACAUCGAUUUAUCUUUUGUUUCUUCUAUCACGUUUUUUCUGAACAUGUACCGCUCAGCUGCUUGAACCGAGAACAAAAGAGCGAGUUUGAGAUCACUCGAAAGUGUGCGAGAGGGAGCGUGAGACGUAGAAAGCAGGAAAGCGUUUUCGAAUCUGCUUGUGCCUCCCUUACAUGUCUUCCGCACUUUACAUAAGAGCUUAAGGGUAGAGAGGCCCACACCAGCUGACCUUCUCGCCUUCGGUUUGUAGGUCAGCGUCCUUCCUCUCCCUUCCUUUGCUUGAGCCAAUGCACGUACAUCGCUGCCAGUGCUUUCAGGUGUAAUGAAUGGGAUAUAUACUGUAUUCAUUGCAUAUAUGCCACUCUGACAAAAUGCCAAAUGCUGCCUUAUCAUACAGUAUUUUCUCCAUUCUGUUCUCGCUGAACUCAUCCCUUUUUAAUUAGAUCGCACAUUAUAUAACAAAACUAAUGGCGGAGGAGUGUUUCAAGGUAAACUUUCCCACGACUGUUAGGUAUCAAGACGAACAAAUGGAUCCGAAGAGAGAACGAAAGCCAUGAAAACAGCAAAUGCCAGAAACGAUUUGCUCUAAAUUUAACGUUACAGUAUUCUCAAUACCGCAACGGCUCUGUUAAUGUUACUGUAAUGUAAUUCUGGUGUUUCUAUGAUGUCGCCACUAUCGGUGUUGCCACUGUCUGUGUACAAUGUAGCACUAUAUGUAGAUGUGUGAUAGAGGCGUAGGCCGCAGCACUUUUAAACCUCGCACCGAGGCAUUUACAACCGUUCUUUCUCAACAGCUUAGGAAGUGCACGUAGUCAAACGCACACGUUCACUGCACAAACGAAUCCUCCUCGAAACGCAGGAUAUACACGGUGUUUCAGUGCUAGCCCCUGCUAGGAAGCUCGAGAUCUAUCAAUAACAUAUUUCUGAGUAGAAGCACUUAAGGACUCGUGCGCUCGGGACUGUUGAAGGUGGAUUAAUGAAUGUUCAUUUAUUAUGGCUUAAUGUAAAAGUUUACAAUUUUUCAAAAAUGCGUUGCAUUUUAAUCAUGCGAACAUCUAUUUAUGUUGUUGGUUGUUUUUUUUUGCUUUGUGGCCAGGUCUUUCGCCACCUUUUCUCACGGGUGGUCUGAAGGUCUGCACAAUCCGUUCGUUUAUUUUCUCAUUUCUUUCAAAGCUGUUGGUGUACGUUGUGAUUUAUUAAGGUCAGUAGUAACAGAAAGCAAUAGAUGUGUGAAGGCCAGGCUUUUGCAGAAAUUAAGAGAUUCAUACUUUUUUAGGCCUAAACAGAUGGAAUGUAAUAUGAAAUGUGUGCUUAUAGGUUGCCACUGUGUUGAACAGCAGUUUAUAUAAAUACUCACUAACACACACAUACACAACACACACACACACACACACACACACAGCCUGCAGCCUAGUAAGAAGGUGUGUUCAAGUGCCCUUGGCUGAAUGUUAUCAUGAGAUGUCAUGAGAUGUGUGUGUAGAAGAAGAUUUGUAUGCUUUUAAUGGUGAAGAUGAUAAUCAAAGCUACAUUUUAUGUAGUACAAACUCUGGAACUUGCAAAUAAAAACUUGUGUUUACUAUACUACAUUUCAUUUUAUUUUUUAGAAGUCUGUAAUGUCUUUUUUUUUCCUUUUAAGGUCAUUUAAAACCUAGAUAUUUUUUUAAAGAAUUGCAAAGGGUUUAUUUUAAAGUUGUAGGAAUGCAUCGGUAAGCGGCUUGAUGCCCGAAUCGUCAUUCUUAAGACUAUAGGCUCAACUCUUCCUCCUUUGGUGUGAAUUUCAGUGGAUUCCUGUCACGAUCAAAAUAAGAGUGGCUUAAAUUCACCUCACGUAUCAAGUAGCAUUUAAGCACCAAACGCGAUGGAUGUGUUCAGUGGAACCAUUUGUUUUAGGUGCAAAAUAUUUGAAGUGCUUCCCCGAGGUGCCGUUUGAUUGGGUGUUCAGGGUGUAGUAACUUGAGUGCCCACUGGAGGUUGUGUUGUAUACUUUUUAUCAAAUGCCUCAUCUGAGAGAUGUUCAACUGACUUUUGGUGUGCUCUUAGGCAUCUCUGCUAAAGAAAAGGUCUCUGUUGAUGAAAUAAACUUUUCACUUUGG